CCCCGUUAUUUCUGGAAGCUGGUGGGGAAGAGGGCUCUCCAUCACCCAGCGCCCGGCGCGGGGGCUCCCCACGGCCGCUGCCCGAGUGAGGGAGGCGCGGCCCCGCUCCCGGCCAGCGCCCGAUGGAGGGGGGAGCCCCUCUGGCGCUCGGAGCCGGGGCACAGCACGGUCUCCCUCGCCUCGGGAGGCUGUGAGGGUCGCGCUCCCCCGGGGGCCCCCCGCCGCCUCCAUCCCCGAGGAAUCCUGGGCGGAGGGCGGGCUCGGCUCCCCCCUUCUCCCUCCCUCCCUGCCGGGGGUUUGCUCUGGGACGCGGCGGCAGCGCCGUGCUCGGCUCCGGGACGGCGGGCAGGGGUCAAGGGCAGCAGGCGGGGGGCGAUGCCGGCGCCGGGGCAGCGCCGAGGGUCCGGCUGAGCCCCGGGCACCCCCCGAGCCCUCAUGGCAGGGCCGGCGCCUCAGCGCAGCCUCCCCGCGGCAGCGGCCGCCGCGCUCCUGCUCCUGCCCAUAGUUCUCCACUGUGAAUCCUCUGUGAACCUGCCCUUGUCUGUGCUGCUGGAAAAGUACUGCGAAGCUUUGUCAGCCCGCACCAAUGUCACAGGUCCGUACUGCAAUGCCACCACGGACCAGAUCGGGACCUGCUGGCCCAGAACCUCUGCGGGGGAACUCGUGGAGAGACCCUGCCCCGAGUUCUUCAAUGGGAUCAAGUACAACACCACGAGAAAUGCCUACAGAGAAUGCCUGGGCAAUGGGACAUGGGCUUCCAAGAUAAACUACUCUCAGUGCGAGCCUAUUCUGGAUGACAAGAGGAAGUAUGCGCUCCAUUACAAGAUUGCUCUCAUCAUAAACUACCUGGGCCACUGCAUUUCAGUAGGGGCCCUCAUAGUUGCCUUCAUGCUUUUCUUGUGCUUGAGGAGUAUCAGAUGCCUGCGGAAUAUUAUCCACUGGAACUUGAUCACCACGUUCAUCCUGAGGAAUGUGAUGUGGUUUCUGCUUCAAAUGAUAGAUCACAACAUCCACGAGAGCAAUGAGCCCUGGUGUCGAUGUAUUACCACUGUCUACAAUUAUUUUGUGGUGACCAACUUCUUCUGGAUGUUUGUGGAAGGCUGCUACUUACACACUGCUAUAGUGAUGACCUACUCCACUGAUAAGCUGAGGAAAUGGGUCUUUCUCUUCAUAGGAUGGUGUAUUCCCUGCCCAAUCAUCAUUGCCUGGGCCAUUGGAAAGCUGUAUUAUGAAAAUGAGCAGUGCUGGUUUGGAAAAGAGCCAGGGAAAUAUAUUGACUACAUCUACCAAGGGCCAGUGAUUCUUGUUCUCCUGAUAAAUUUUGUAUUUCUAUUUAACAUAGUUAGGAUUUUAAUGACAAAGCUGAGAGCUUCAACCACUUCAGAAACAAUCCAGUACAGGAAGGCAGUCAAGGCCACCUUGGUUCUCCUGCCCCUGCUUGGCAUCACCUACAUGCUUUUCUUUGUCAACCCCGGCGAGGAUGACAUUUCCCAGAUUGUUUUCAUCUAUUUCAAUUCCUUCCUUCAGUCUUUUCAGGGUUUCUUUGUGUCAGUAUUUUACUGCUUCUUGAAUGGUGAGGUCCGUUCUGCUGCCAGGAAGAGGUGGCACCGCUGGCAGGACCACCACUCCCUGCGGGUGCGUGUGGCACGGGCCAUGUCCAUCCCCACGUCCCCCACAAGGAUCAGCUUCCACAGCAUCAAACAGACCGCGGCCGUGUGACCGCCCCACGGACACCACCACCACCACCCCGUGGCCUUCAGAGCUCUCCUGGCUUCACUCCCACCCCACAGCCCCUUCCUGCAAGCUCUCCUCCUCUGGCCUCACUGAUCUCUUUCCAGUGGAGGGCCCCAUCCUGUUUCUCAUCUCCCACGUCCGUGAUGCUGCUUGGAGGCGACCAGGAAAAAGCCUCUUGGAGCUGGUGGUGGUAAAGCAAAGAAGGAACAGGUUCAACCCUGACUGCAUCCUGUGGAAGUUCACAGUGCAAA